AUGACGACGCCCUCGAUUAGAAUCCCCUUUACUGGCCGAUUACCUCCGGCGAUUAUUACGCCCCCCUCUGCCCGUACCGUGGCCGGAGCAAUCGAUGCCAUCACAUCCUUUCUAACCGCCCCGCCAUCGCCGCACCUGCGCGGGAUCGAUGUAGGAAGAAACUCCCAGACGGUUUUGUUAACAGGUGCCGGUAUAUCGGUAGCAUCCGGCCUGUCGGAUUAUAGAGGCGAAAAUGGCACGUAUAUAACAAAUAAGACUUAUCGACCCAUAUACUAUCACGAAUUCGUGACACGCCAUGAAUCGCGCAAGAGGUAUUGGGCCCGGAGCUUUGUCGGGUGGCCAGGACUCCAGAAAGCGAAACCAAACAUGACACAUUGGGCAAUCAAAGAUCUUGGUGCGAAGGGAUACCUCAGCUCUGUGGUGACGCAGAAUGUCGAUUCAUUCCAUUCCUUUGCCCACCCGGAGCUCCCCACAAUCGAGCUCCAUGGAUACCUGAGGUCCGUUGUCUGCACUACCUGUCUGAAUCAGUUCUCGCGAGAAGAGUUCCAGAAGUCUCUCGAAAGACUCAAUCCUGCUUGGGCCGAGUUCUUGGCAAAGAUGGUGGAUAUUGGCGCGCUUGACACGGAUAAUCCACGAGAGCAGCGGCGAAAAGGUCUGAAACUCAAUCCCGACGGUGAUGUCGACCUGGCUGAAGCGCCUUAUUCGACAUUUCGGUAUCCCUCUUGCCCGGCAUGUCUGGAGAAACAACCUCAACCCAAGGACUGUACACAAACUCGGGUGGAGGUCGAGAGUGACGGUGCGUGGUUACCAAGCUCGAAUGCCGGGAUCCUGAAACCGGCCGUCAUCAUGUUUGGAGAGAACAUUGACCCUACUGUCAAAACCAUCGCUGAAGAAGCCAUUGAUGAUGCUGGCAGGCUGUUGGUUCUCGGAAGCAGCCUUGCCACCUUUUCUGCGUGGAGACUGGUGGAACGGGCCUAUAAUAGAGGCAUGCCCAUUGGUAUCAUCAACGUUGGUGGUGUGCGAAAUGAAUCUGUAAUCUUCGGAGUCCCUCAGCAUGAGGGCCCCGUUGGAUCGCAGCAUGUCCGGUGCAGCCUUCUAUCUGAAAACAUCCUGCCACCAAUUGCUACUCAGCUACCUCCAUUAAGCAGUCAGAUAUGA